CCACCGCCACCGCUAACCAAAACACGCAACACUCAGGCGGAAUCAGUCGUUACGUCAGUCGCUCAAGUUGCCGUUGUCGUUGUUAUUGUUGUUGUUAGUGUCGUUGUCAUUGCAGUCGCGGCAACAAAUAUAAUUUUUGGCGCCGUUUUUUUGCUGUGCCGCGCAGUGUGUCGCGUUUUGAAAUCGCUCUGAAAACAAGCCUGUCUACCAGUCUUUUGGUGUUUUGAAAUCGCCUGCCAGCAAGGAGUUGCAGUAGCGGUCUUUAAGUCACCCCCCAGAACCAGGAAUACCGAAAAACAUAAGAUAUGCCAUAACUGGAGUUUCAAAAUCACUUUUUUAGAAACACCCCAGAGUUUUGAAACAUAAAAACCCGUCUAUAUAAACAAGACUCGAAUCGAAUCGAAGAAAAUCGAGUGUUAUAUUACCAACAAGUUAUAAAUCAUUGAAAAUUACGGAUAUUCGAGUUAGUUACGUUUCGAAAUCGCUUUUCAAAAUCACCAAGAGCUCUCAAAUAUCCUGCCUGCAGUCACAAACAGCCCUGCGAACGUCGCCAACACAGGCUGCGAGUUUGCUUCGGAAAUUUGCCAUCGAAUAUGACAACCUCAACGCAUAGCAAUACGAAUAGCAACAACACCGCCCACCAAGAGAGCGAGGAGCGACCCCCUGCCGCCAGCACCACCUACACCCACCACAGUCCGACGGGAUCGGGAUCCGGAGUGUCGAUCGGAUCCACCAACCGAGUAAUGCAGGCGGACGAGGACUUCAACAUCCGGUUUGUCAACUUGGUGCGGAAUCACAAAUGUAUCUACGACAAGAAGGUGCCCGAGUACCGCAACAGAGACAACCAAGAAAAGGCCUGGGUGCUGAUAUCCAAGGAGACACGGGAAAGUGUCAUACACUGCAAGGAGCGAUGGCGAAACCUGCGUGCCUGCCUCUCCCGCUACAUCAAGCAGCAGUCGGGGUCGGAACCGCAGCACAAACCCUACUAUCUGACCGAACAUAUGGCCUUCCUGCUUCCCUUCCUGAAGUCCACCCGCAACUCCCUGGAGGGAAACACUAGCCUGGCGGCGCUGUACCAGCUGUCCCAGCAGCAUCAGCAUGGCCGUUCGGAGCAUCUGUUUCACCCGGCUAUCCAUGGCCACGAUGAGAGCUCUUACUGCUCUCCCUCUAACAUCAAUCAUAAUACCAACAAGAACGGCAUCAGGACCGGAGAGGUGUUGGGGCUGAAUGGGGAGCAGGUGCUAGAGAUGAAGCACUCGAUAUCGGAGAAUGGCGACGACGAGGAGACCAUUGACGCUUUCGAUCCGGCGGUGGCCAAUGUCCUUGGUCUGGAUCAUGCACCAUCCACGCCUACGAUCAGCAUGGCCCAGGUGACUGGACGAGCCGGUGGAAGAUCGCCGGCCAGAAGUGAUACGGCAAGUGCGGAUAGCAUGCAGAACUUCAUUCCGGAUGUGCAGCUGGCCGAGACCGGGUCGCAGCUGAUAUACAACGAUGAGGGACGUGGCACACCACCGCCGCUGCAUUAUCACCCGCACAUGCUUCCAAAUCCCAUGGCUAUGGCCAUGGGAAUGGAACACCGUCCAUCGUCCUUUGAACCGACGAGUGCCAAGAGGAUUAAGACGGAAUGCGAGGCCUCCAGCACGAUGACAAAUAGUGGGAGUUUCUGCGGCGGCCUAACCGUCUCAGAAAUGGCCGACAUGGAGUUCUUUCGCAGCAUUCUUCCUGACCUGGCAUCUCUGACUCCUCAGCAGCGUCGCAAGUUUAAGAUUGGGAUCCUGGAACUGAUCGACGAUGUGGUAACGCGGUAUCCCCCCGCCCCGGAGAAAUGUAACGGAGGAGUGAACGGCAGUGUCAGCAACGGUGUAUCCACCGGAAGUCGAAACUCUAGACGCAGCUCUGGCCGCGAAUGGCGGAAGCAGUGAAGGAGGAAAGGGGAGAAGGAGCAGAAAGUCACUAAUCCUUAACUAGAAUUAUGAUAAGUUAGUUAGCUGCUUAAGGUGGCUCUGGAGCUGGGAUUAGGUGCCAUUAACGCUGGUGCCUCUAGGCCAACUUCAGUCCGCUCACUGUCCAAGUGUUGUGUGCGCUCAAUAAGAUGCGUAAGUAUAGGGUCCUGCCAGGGUUUUCGCUUCCUAAAUAUAUAUUUGAUUUCUAUUUCAAA